AUGGACCCGUUAGCGCAUAAAUAUACGCCUUGGAAGCGUCUAGUCCACAAGUUCCAGGCUCGCAGAGAUAUACCUUUCAGGAAGAGGUUCUUCAUAGGUUACGAUCUCUAUGGAAAUACUUACUGGGAGUUCACUAUCGAUGGCAACAUGCAACGUUUGCGACGCAAAAUGGAACCAUAUCAACAGCAGUUGUUUAAAGCAGAUUAUUUCAGCAGUGUUCCUCCACAAUGGCUCCAAUGGUUGAGAAGAACAAGAAACCAUCCUCCUACUUUAGAAGAACUAAUCAAUGACCAAGUAAGACAAAAGAAAAUGAAGAUUUUAGCCCAGCAGGCUGAUUCCAAAUGGGCAAAUGAGAAAUUAAGACUUGAACAUGAACACCAGUACAAGUUGAAUACAGAAUUGAAUAGAGCCCAGAAAGAGGCGGAAGAGUUUAAACAAACGAACCAAACACCAGCACCUAGCCAUGAUCCUCCCGUAGUUAGUGAAGAUCCAUGGAAACAAGCCGAUGAGGCUAAGGAUUCAAAUCCUAUUCAAACAACCACUAUAAAGCCGCGCUAA